AUGGCGACGAUCACCGUGGAAGCGCUCCGCGAGAGCCUGGUAUCGGAGGCCACUCCACUGCCCCUGCGCUUCCGCGCCCUUUUCUCCCUGAAGCACCUGGCUGUCACGGACAAGAGCGCUGCGGGCCCCGCCAUCGAGAGCAUCGCGGCUGCUUUUGCGUCGCCUUCUGCCCUUCUGAAGCACGAACUCGCCUACUGCCUGGGCCAGACGGCCAACGAUGCCGCUGUACCGCCCCUACGCGGAGUUCUGUGCGACCUACAGGAAGAUCCUAUGGUGCGUCACGAGGCCGCUGAAGCGCUCGGUGCCCUGGGCCACGCCGAGAGCUUGGAGCUGCUGAAGCAGUUCCGUGAUCGCGAGGGCGAGGAUAUUUCCGUGGUGGAGACUUGCGAAAUAGCAAUUGACCGAAUCGAGUGGUCCAGCUCUCAGAAUAGACAACAGGAAAAGCUCAAGCCAAGUGACUUUGCCUCCAUCGAUCCUGCACCCCCGGCCGCCGAAACCGAACAAAACGUGGAGGAGCUUGGAAAGCAACUUAUGGAUGAGAAGCUCCCUCUCUUCCUACGAUACCGCGCCAUGUUUUCUCUGCGUGAUCUGGCGUCGCCGCCUGACCUGCCGACCGCCGUACCUGCCGUCCUCGCGCUUGCCAAAGGCCUCGCUGACCCCUCUGCGCUCUUCCGCCACGAGAUCGCGUUUGUGUUUGGCCAGCUCUCACACCCUGCUUCGAUCCCGGCCCUGACAGAGGCACUCAGCAAUGUCAACGAGGCAAGCAUGGUGCGACACGAGGCCGCGGAGGCUCUCGGUAGCCUUGGCGAAGAGCCGGGGGUCGAGGAUAUUCUAAGGCCCUUUCUCCAUGACAAGGAAAAGGUGGUGCGUGAGAGUAUAAUUGUCGCGCUCGACAUGGUCGACUAUGAACAGAGCGGGGAGGCUGAAUAUGCACUGAUCCCAGAGGUCGCUGGUGCUUCGGCCUAA